AUGGGGAGAAAGAUAAGCGAAAAAAAUGAGCCCACUUCAAUCCAAAUUGGUGAAGAAAAGAGUGAAAAGUCAGCAAGUUCAGCUGCUGAAUUUACCCAGAAUGCUACAGCAUCCGUUCAGCAAUAUGCGGCAGAAAAGUUGGAGGCCUCGGAGCAAAUGCCAAAUUAUGUAAAGUUUUUUAAGGACAUUUUGACUAAGAAAAGGAGACUUGGUGAGUUUGAAACGGUGGCCUUGACAGAAGGUUGUAGUGCCAUGUUGAAGAGUAAAAUUCCUCCUAAGUUGAAGGAUCCGGGUAGCUUUACAAUUCCUUGUUCAAUUGGUGGAAGAGAUGUGAGUAGAGCUAUAUGUGAUUUGGGAGCUAGUAUUAACUUAAUGCCUAUAUCUAUUUUCAAGAAGUUGGGAAUUGGAGAAGCAAGGCCAACAACCAUCACUUUGCAAUUGGCAGAUCGUUCUAUGGCUCACCUGGAAGGAAAAAUUGAAGAUGUUCUAGUGCAAGUUGAUAAGUUCAUUUUCCUGGCCGAUUUUAUAAUUCUUGACUAUGAGGCGGAUAGAGAUGUUCCUAUUAUUUUGGGUAGGCCAUUUCUAGUUACCGGGAGGACUUUAAUUGAUGUGCAAAAAGGAGAGCUUACUAUGAGGGUGAAUGACCAACAAGUGACUUUUAAUGUGUUCAAUGCUAUGAAGUUUCUGAAUGAGAUUGAGGAAUGCUCUCGGUUGAGUGUAAUUGAGUCACUGGUAGCUGAAAAGUUCCACAAAGAAGUUUUUAAAGAUGGAAUGGGGGUGAGUUCACUUGAAGAUCUUGGAGCCAUAAGUGAAGAGGAGGAAACCCAAGUUACAUGGGUAGAAUUACAGCAGCCCUUUACCAAAUUUUGA